ACAACAAGUUCAGAGUCUGGUUGAGUUUUUCUGUCGAAUCAUACUCAAUUGAGUGAGUAGUUCAACUUGGAUGAGUGGCUUGAAGCUUCCUGGGUUUCAUUUCAUCUCCUGCUUGGCAUUUAACACACAACACUGCACUAUGUAGUUGACAGGUAGAGACUUUAAUUGAACUCCCACCUGCAUUUUCCUCCUCCUUUCUCUUUUAUUACACUCUCCAACUCCCAACUUGUUGCUUACUGCUUACUGCUUACCAGUUACCACCUUUCCUUUUAUUUUCUUCUUCUCUCUCUCUCUCUCUCUCUCUCUCUCGCUCUCCAUCGUCUGUGCUUCUUCUUCCCAUCUCUAUCAAUGGCUUCCUUUUCUUCUUCUUCUUCUUCUUCUUUCUCUCUUUCAACUCUAUCACCAUACUACCAUCUCAUCUUCACUGGUCUAGCCUUCCUUGUAUCUGCAUUCAUAUUCUUCAUCUCGAGUAGAAGCAAAUCCAAGCGACUCAAUCUUCCUCCUGGGCCACCCGGGUGGCCUGUGGUCGGAAACCUCUUUCAGGUUGCUCUCUCAGGGAAACCAUUCUUCCAGUAUAUCCGAGAUUUGCGUCCCAAGUAUGGACCCAUCUUCACCUUAAAGAUGGGGACUCGGACCAUGAUUAUUGUUAGCAGUGCCGAAUUGAUUCAUGAAGCUCUCAUCGAGAAGGGUCAGGUCUUCGCAAACCGCCCCAGGGAGAACCCCACCCGUACUGUCUUCAGCUGCGACAAGUUCACUGUCAAUUCCGCCCUCUACGGCCCAGUUUGGCGUUCCCUCCGGCGUAACAUGGUGCAGGGUAUGCUCAGCUCCACCCGGCUUAAGGAAUUCCGUGAUGUCAGGUCCUUGGCAAUGGACCGCCUCAUCGACCGGCUCCGAGCAGAGGCCAAGUCCAAUGACGGGCUUGUUUGGGUGCUCAAGAACGCCCGGUUCGCCGUCUUCUGCAUCCUGGUUUCAAUGUGCUUUGGCGUGGAAAUGGACGAUAAGGACAUCGAAAGGAUUGACGACAUGAUGAAGACGGUGUUGAUCACUCUUGAUCCGAGGCUCGACGAUUUCUUGCCAAUCUUAAGCCCAUUCUUCUCGAAGCAACGCAAGCGAGUCAUGGAAGUACGUCAAGAACAGAUACAAACGGUCCUCCCCUUCAUCGAGAAGCGACGAUCCAUCCUCAAAAACCCAGGAUCUGAUAUGACCGCUGCUCCAUUUGCUUACCUCGAUACACUCUUCGAUCUCGAAGUCGAGGGACGCAAGUCAUCUCCGAACGACGCCGAGCUCGUCACGCUCUGCUCCGAGUUACUGAAUGGCGGGACCGACACGACGGCCACUGCACUGGAAUGGGGUAUCGCCCGAUUGAUCGAGAACCCAGAUAUCCAAUCGAAACUCUACGCCGAGAUCAAGUCCACGGUCGGCGAUCGGAAGGUGGACGAGAAGGAUAUCGAGAAUAUGGUGUACCUGAACGCCGUCGUAAAGGAAUUACUUCGAAGGCACCCUCCGACGUACUUGUCGCUCACACAUGCAGUGACUCAGCCAGCAACGUUGGGUGGCUACGAUGUGCCCACCGAUGCCAACGUUGAGAUAUUCUUGCCACCCAUCUCCGAGGACCCUAACCUAUGGUCGGAGCCGGAGAAGUUCAACCCAGAUCGGUUCGCAUCGGGGAAGGAGGAAGCCGAUAUAACUGGGCUUAAGGGACUGAAGAUGGUGCCAUUUGGGGUUGGGAGGAGAAUCUGUCCGGGUCUAGGCAUGGCGACUUUACACGUGAACCUGAUGUUAGCCAGGAUGGUGCAGGAGUUCGAGUGGAGUGCUCACCCCUCCCAACGCAAGAUAGACUUCAGCGAGAAGCUGGAAUUCACGGUUGUGAUGAAGAACACCCUCCGGGCUGUGAUCAGACCGAGGACUUAAAAGCUCCCGGGAUCUGACACUCUGGCGAACUCACUAUUUUCUAUAAAUUAUCAUAAGCUUAUUUUCUGUUACUCUAUUUGCCGAAGAAAAAAUUUUACGUUGUCUGUGAGCUGUGACUGUGAUUUCAUCUCUCUUAACUUCAAUAGUUCUUUUUAUUAUUUUCUUUCACCCUUGCUUUUAUGUAGUAAUAUAUAUAUAGAGAGAGAGAGAGAGAGAGUAAUAUCCAGUAAAGUAAUCUCUGUUUGUAGAAUUAAAUAAUGAAGUUGUGAAUUGUGAGUUACUAUAUA